AUGAAAACCAUCAUAGCAGCCUGCUCCCAGAAUCUCAGUGGCAGCCGGGCCAGCAUCCAGACUGCCCUGAGGACGCUGCUGGCCAUCCCCUGGCCCUCGCAGCGCGACGUCGGCUCCGUGCUCCAGCUCCUGGCCGUGCUGCAGUGGGUGCUCAGCUUCCUGCUGCUGGGAAUUGUCAGCCUCGUACUGCUCAUCUACCUGCUGUUCACCAGCCUCUGGCUCAUCCCCGUGCUCUACCUGGCCUGGAUCAUCUUCGACUGGGACACGCCGGAGAAAGGAGGCAGGAGGCUCCCGUGCCUGCGGCGAUGGACCGUGUGGAAGCACUUUCGGGAUUAUUUCCCGGUGAAGCUGGUGAAGACACACGACCUGUCCCCCAGCCACAACUACAUCAUCGGCUCGCAUCCCCACGGCAUCCUCUGCGUCGGCGCCUUCUGCAACUUCAUCACGGGCUCCACGGGCUUCGAGGAGCUGUUCCCGGGCAUCCGUUCCUCCCUCACCACGCUGGCCGGGAAUUUCCGCCUGCCCGUGUUUCGGGAGUACCUGAUGAGCGGGGGGCUGUUCCCGGUGACCCGCCGCGCCAUCGGGUACCUGCUGUCCCAGAAAGGCACCGGCAACGCGGUGGCCAUCGUCAUCGGCGGCGCGGCCGAGUCGCUGUCCUGCCGGCCCGGCGUCACCACGCUCAUCCUCAAGAACCGCAAGGGCUUCGUCCGCAUGGCCCUGCGGCACGGGGCCUUCCUCGUCCCCUCCUUCUCCUUUGGGGAGAACGACCUGUUCCGCCAGGUGGUCUUUGAGGAGGGCAGCUGGAUGAGGAGCAUCCAGCGGCGCUUCCAGAAGAUGAUGGGCUUCGCUCCCUGCCUGUUCUACGGCCGCGGCCUCACCUCCUGCCGGUCCCGCGGCUUCCUGCCCUACGCCAGGCCCAUCACCACCGUGGUGGGGGAGCCGCUGGCGGUGCCCAAGGUGGAGAACCCGAGCCGGGAGCUGGUGGAUCGGUACCACGAGCUCUACAUCCGUGCCCUGCUCAAGCUCUUCAAUGAGAACAAGACUAAGUAUGGGCUGUCCGAGUCAGACGAGCUGCACAUCCUCUGAGUGCCACCAGCACCGGCCCCGUCCUGGCUCAUGAGGGCUCUUGCAGGGGGAAUUUCAGCCAGCCUGGCA